GACGACGACGUUCAACAUUUUCGCUGUGGAUGCUGGGAGAUCAAUAACCAAGGAAGACAUUUUGGAUUUAAAACGAGCUCACUUAGUGGUUGACGAAAAUAUGCUCCGUCGGCAACACCAUUUAUCAUUAGUUAGAAUGUAUCGUCAGAUGGGUUUGUUUGUCAGUUGUGCGCAAUGAAAUGGCGUCGUUCUUGUGAAAAAUUCCACGCAUUUAUCCCAAACUAUAUCGCCGCGCUCAUCUACGAAUUCUGUUAGGAUAGGUUUCUUGCUGGCUCAGCUGUGUGUAUGUACAUCGAGAAGACUCCUAUAGUUCCUGGCUGUCCUACGAGGAAUUAACCAAUUUAGCCUCUAAGUCCACCAGGCAAUGUCAAUAAUGGUGUACCCCAGGGAGGACCGUCUGGAGAAGCUGUCCCAGGAGGAGAUCAUCUCCAGCACCAAGCUGGUGAUCCAGGGCCUGGAGGCGCUGAAGAGUGAGCACAACUCCAUCCUGCACAGCCUGCUGGAGACCAUCCGCUGCCUGAAGAAGGACGAGGAGGCCAACCUGGUGCACGAGAAGUCCAGCCUGCUGCGCAAGUCAGUGGAGAUGAUCGAGCUGGGGCUGGGCGAGGCGCAGGUGAUGAUGGCCCUGUCUGCCCACCUGAACGCUGUGGAGUCGGAGAAGCAGAAGCUGCGUGCCCAGGUACGUCGGCUGUGCCAAGAGAACCAGUGGCUGCGAGACGAGCUGGCGGGCACCCAGCAAAAGCUGCAGAAGAGCGAGCAGAGUGUGGCCCAGCUGGAGGAGGAGAAGAAGCAUCUGGAGUUCAUGAACCAGCUCAAGAAGUACGACGAGGAUGUGUCCCCUACUGAGGAGAAAGAUGGAGAGCCUCCUAAAGAUACACUGGACGACCUCUUCCCCAAUGAUGAGGAGGACAACAGUCAAGGAAUGCCUCACCAGCAUAACAGUGCAGCGGUGGCCGCAGCCCAGCAGGGUGGCUAUGAGAUCCCAGCCCGCCUGAGGACCCUCCACAACCUGGUGAUCCAGUACGCCUCCCAGGGCCGCUACGAGGUGGCCGUGCCCCUCUGCAAGCAGGCUCUGGAGGACCUGGAGAAGACAUCCGGACACGACCACCCUGACGUGGCCACCAUGCUCAACAUCCUGGCCCUGGUCUACAGGGACCAGAACAAAUACAAGGAGGCGGCUCACCUGCUCAAUGAUGCACUGUCUAUCCGGGAGAAAACCCUUGGGAAAGACCACCCUGCGGUGGCUGCGACACUGAACAAUCUGGCAGUGUUGUAUGGCAAGAGGGGGAAGUACAAGGAAGCUGAGCCCCUUUGCAAGAGGGCUCUGGAGAUCAGAGAGAAGGUGCUGGGCAAGGACCAUCCUGAUGUGGCCAAGCAGCUGAACAACCUGGCCCUGCUGUGUCAGAACCAGGGCAAGUACGAAGAGGUGGAGUACUACUACUGCCGUGCCCUGGAGAUCUACGAGCGCAGGCUGGGCCCUGAUGACCCCAACGUGGCCAAGACCAAGAACAACCUGGCUUCGUGUUACUUGAAGCAGGGGAAGUACAAGGAGGCGGAAAUCCUUUACAAAGAGAUUCUCACCCAAGCUCACGAGAAGGAAUUUGGAUCCGUGGAUGCUGAGAACAAGCCCAUCUGGGUGCAUGCCGAGGAGCGGGAGGAGUGCAAGAGCAAAGACGGCUAUGGAGAUUAUGGCGGCUGGUAUAAGAAUUGCAAGGUGAACAGCCCCACUGUCAACACCACUCUGCGUAAUCUGGGAGCUCUGUAUCGCCGGCAAGGCAAGAUGGAGGCCGCUGAGACCCUGGAGGAGUGUGCCUUGAGGUCCCGAAAACAGGGUGUGGUGGAGCUGCAGAGAGACGGAGACAGGAGGAGGAGCAGGGAGAGUCUGAGCAGCGUAAAAUAUGAGAGCGCCUCCGAAGCGGGGGAGGACGGCAGCGUGGACUGGAAUGGGGAUGGCAGUGGGGCCCUGAGGAGAGCAGGGUCGAUGGGGAGGCUCCGGGAUGUCUUACGGCGAAGCAGUGAGAUGCUGGUGAAGAAACUACAGGGGAACGGUCCCCCCGACCCACGCAACCUCCAUAUGAAACGAGCUGCCUCUCUGAACUAUUUGAACAAGAGCAGUGACGACGACGACUCCUUUCAGAGUCCAGCAGGUGAUAGGAGGCUAAGGCAGAGCAGGAACCUGAGUUCCAGUACUGUUGAUCUCUACAGUGGAACUGGAAACUGAACACACACACUCCCAAAAGUUUUUCCAAAUAUGAUCUUGUUUAAUUUUCACUUGUGCCAUUCUAAACCUACAUUUUGUAGUUUCCAUUCCUACAUUUAAACACUGUUUAAUGUUAUUGCUGCUUUGUAGACUUUCUGUAGAAUUCAAAAAAAUAUAUUGUAAAAAUGUGCUUGGUUGUAAAUGUCAUUGAUAUAUUGUGAGAUUAGACAGCGAGAAUCCUUACUGCUUGGAUUGGUUUGAUACAAAUCCCCUUAAGGUGCAAUCAGACACUCAGGGCUGUGUGUUGUGGACCAAGCAUGGUCUCCAUGUGAAGCUAGUUAUUAGCUAUUAUUCACUAUACCUGCAGAUUCUGAAGGCAUGGUGGGUCAGUACUCUUCCAAAUCAGAGAGGAUUAUUAUUUUUAAGAGCUGUCCAAUUCUUUUUACACUGGUUUCUCCCCUUUCCAUAACCAUGAAGAUACUCGGUACUGUAGUUAAAUAGUGAUUAAGUCAUGAAGAUGGUAUUCAUGAAUAUAGAAUAAAAAUAUAUCUGCGAUUUAAAGGGGUACCUCACCUAAUAAAAAUGUACACGAAGAAAAUAGUUGAUGGAACCAGAUAUUUCUUGUUUAUAUAGCUACUACAGCUUAGCCUUGAGCAUUGUUGAGUGUAAAACAAUUUAAGUGGUGCUAGGACUCCUGUUUUGCUUGUUUCAAAUUACUUAUUUUUUUCAUUAGUUAGGGUGUUCCUCAGAGAUUUUCAAGUAAAGCCAUAUGAGCACAAAUAACUCUGGGGGGCAGCUACUGAAAUUAACCUAAAUCUAAGUACUUACUCAGUAAAGGCCAAAUGCCAUGAUGUAAUUAUCAUUUUUAGGUUAGAUGGUAACCACAUAUUGACCUGGUUAUUUUACAUUUCUUCAGCCACUGUAUAAGAAACAUAUACAGUAAUUAUUUAUCUCAGGGUCUGGGAUUGAGUGUUUCCCAAAGCUAUACUUUCCAAUGCUGUAUCAAUUCAUGCAAUACACUCUUCGAACAAAGGGUUCUUCGGGUGUCACCAUAGAAGAAACCUUUUUGGUUCCUGGUAGAACUCUUUUGGGUUCCAUGUAGAACCUUCUGUGUAAAGGGUUUUACAUGGAACUCAGAAGGGUUCUACUUGGAACCAAAAGGGGUUCUUGAAAGGUUUCUCGUGUGGGGACAACCAAAGAACCCUUUUAGGUUCUAGAUAGCACCUUUUUUUUCUACGUGUGUAACUAAGCCAUGUCUUCCCUGGUCUUGAUCUGUUUGUGCUCUUUCCCACAGUCUAGCCUCACAGCAUAAUGGUCAUGUUUGGCAUGAUAGCACAAACAGACUGGCACAGGCUAAGGCUAACUUUCUAUGGAUGUCAAAAUGUUCCAAUGUUGAAGAGGGGAGGCUCAUUUUCUCUAUAGCUUUUCCUCCCUAAGAACGUUGGAGAGACACAAAGGAAAACAUUUGUUUUCAUUCAGCCAUGCAAGAGAUGCGUUCCAUUAGAUCUAUUUACCAGUUGUAGCACAGAUAUUAAAUUAUAUAAUGAAAAAUGAUUAUAAUCAUGUUUUAUUGAGUUUAUGAAUCAGUCAUAUGAAUGUAGUAUUGCACUAAAAAGAUCAUUAGGCUUGAAUUGUGAAUAUAUUUUAAUAUUUGUUUAAAUAUGACUAAGAUUUAUAAAGUUUCACUUCGGUGCUAUAUGUGUUAAUAUAUAUGUAGAUCAGAAGGUUUUUCAUAUUCAGAUGACUCAAUGUUUAAAGGGUCUUUUAGUGGUGUAAAACUGAAUGUUAACCAUUUUCAGGUUAUGAUAUUCUUCUCAUGCAAUCAUUUUCAGUCAGAAUUCCUUAAUUGAAUGUAAUAAACCCUUAAUAAAAUAGCUAAUAUCA